UGGGAGCUCCGUGAAGCUGAAGCCGCUUCCGCCGGGAGGAUUUUGUUCAACGCCGCGGAUUGGAUUAAGCGCCGCCGCCGCCGCACCCGCUCUCGCUCGCCCGCCCGCCCGCCUGCCGGGGCUGGGGCAGAAGGAGGACGAUGGGCCGGCCGGCGGGGCUCCCCGACCUCCGCCGGGGGCUCCUGGGGCUGCUGUUCGCCCUGUGCCGGCUGGUGCCGCCGCUGCUCGCCAAGAACCUGGAUCCGGUGUCCUGGAGCUCGGCCAACUCCAAGUUCUUGUCGGGGAAGGGGCUGGUCAUCUAUCCAGAAAUUGGGGACAAACUGGACAUAAUCUGUCCGAAGUCAGAGCCGUCCAGGCCAUACGAGUACUACAAGUUGUACCUGGUGAAGCGGGACCAGGCGGAGUCCUGCAGUACCAUCAUGGACCCCAACGUGCUGGUGACCUGCAACCGGCCGGAGCAGGACAUCCGCUUCACCAUCAAGUUCCAGGAGUUCAGCCCCAACUACAUGGGCCUGGAGUUCAAGAGGCAUCAAGACUACUUCAUCACCUCCACUUCCAACGGCUCCCUGGAGGGCCUGGAGAACAGGGAAGGCGGGGUCUGCCAGACGCGCUCCAUGAAGAUCGUCAUGAAAGUGGGCCAGGAUCCCAACGCUGUGAUGCCGGAACAGCUGACAACCAGCCGGCCCAGCAAGGAAGCAGACAAUACCGUGAAGAUUGUCACGCAGAACCCACGGAAUAGAUUUCCACCGCCUGUGGAGGAUCCUGGGAAGCCAGAUCCUGUCAACCAAGACGGCCAGGAUGCGGAAAACCCGGCGGACAGCUUCUUCAGCUCCAAAGUGGCCGUGUUUGCAGCCAUCGGGGCCGGCUGCGUGAUCUUCAUCCUCAUCAUCAUCUUCCUGGUGGUCCUCCUGAUCAAGAUCCGCAAGCGGCACCGGAAGCACACCCAGCAGCGAGCGGCGGCCCUGUCGCUCAGCACCCUGGCCAGCCCCAAGUGCAGCGGCAACGCGGGCUCCGAGCCCAGCGACAUCAUCAUCCCCUUGCGGACUACAGAGAACAACUACUGCCCUCACUACGAGAAAGUGAGCGGGGACUACGGCCACCCCGUCUACAUUGUGCAGGAGAUGCCCCCGCAGAGCCCCGCGAACAUCUACUACAAGGUCUGAGGAGCAGCAGCAGCAGCAGCCCUGGCACCCCGCCAACAACAGAAGAGCACUGCGGGGGGGGGGGGCGGCUGGGGGGCAGCCUCUGCCGGCUCCCCCGCCCCCCGGGAGGAGCGCGCUUGCACUGCACGGGAGAGGGCCCCGGGCGUCCCGUGGCGAGACCCAGGCGGAGGGGGACACCCCUGCUCUGCUCCGCUCCUCUCCCCGUUAGUCUGUUAGGUCUGUAGCCUGGAGCUUUUGUAAUCCCGAGACUCCUCGAGGAGGGAGGGGAGCCCGCGCCAGCCCCCCCUUCCGCUCGCCUCCAGCCUCCCUCCGUGGAUGGUGCUCCGAGGGAGUCCCGGCCCGUUCUGUGGCGCCCCAGCUGGGCCCUGUGCCUUUCCUCACUCCUGCGCCUGCUGGGGGGAGCCCAGGGACGCCUCCAGCCCGCCUCCUGCACCAUCGCUUUGGAUUCCGUCUUUUGUUCGGCGCUGCCUCCCGCUUUUGCCGUCUUGGGGGGCGAGGAGGCUGGGGAAGGGGGUGGCUGACCUGGGGUCCGUGCGGCUGAGCUGGAGACGUUGCGCGGGGAGGGGGUGGGGGGGAGCUGCCUGGCCCCAACUUCCCACCAUUAUAAUGAUUUUGAAACCUUUUGGGUAGCUUUUGAAAAGAACACACACGCAGACGUAUUAUGAAGUGUUGGAACUCUGAGCCACCCCCUGCAGCCUUGCGGCACGAGCUUCUUGCUCUUCCCCUUCUGCAAGAGCCCCCGCAAGCCCCCCUCCCUGUCUGGGGCUGCACUGGGCCCUGGGCAGACGGACCCCCAGGCCCCCCUUCACUCCUCUCUUGGCCCCCUUACGCUUCUGUGUUUGCUGUUCGUAGCAGCCACCUCUCUUGGGUGUGAGUCCAUGUUGGGCGCGGCGGGGGGUUAACUUCACUUUAUUUGGUGGGCCGGCGGGGGGGGGGAGGAUGUCAACUCACUCCUGACCAGGAUUCCCAGCUCAGGCAGGGAGGGAGCCCGCCUCCUUCCCCGUGGAGAAGGCUCUUCUCUGCAGAGGGUUUGCUUUCCCUGGCCAGUCAAUACAAAGAGCAAGCAGAGGGUGUGUGUGUGUGUGUGUGUGUGUGUGUGUGUGUGUGUGUGUGUGUGAGCUUUCCUCGGGCACAGCCCACUGUAGGGCGGCCCAGCAGCGGCGACUCUGAGGUGGUGGUCGAUCUCCCUCCCUGCGAUUCAUUGCUUCACCCCGUCCGAAUUCCUCCCCAAGAGGGACCUUGACAGCCCCCAGGAGGGUUGGGGACUGCAAGCGGGCUGGCUCAGCCCCACCCUCCCAGGCAGGAAGCUGGCGCAGAAGGGCGGUGGGUGGGCUGGCCGGCCGGCCCUGGGAGCCCAGCCGGCCACUCUCUGCACUACAGCAGCGGGGCCCGGCUCCCCUGACUGCAGCACCCACACACACCCCAGCCGGGGCUGGCAUCGGGGCGUGAGCGCCAAUCAAAGACCCUGCUCCAGCCAUCCCUUCCUCACCAGGCAACCCCCCUCGCCCUUGUCCGGGCUGCCUGGUCCUUGCCAUGGCCACAGGCCCAGCGCCCCUCCAAGGCCGAGCAGCAUCGGGAGCCCUCUGGAGAAAAGCCCCCCCUCCUCCUCCUCCCCCCCAUUGCCAUCUUGCAUUGUCAUGCCGAAAGCCUUACUUUGUGUGGAGGAGGAGAUGGGGGUGGCCUGGGCUUGCCUGCCCUUGUCUCCCCUGCCUGCAGGCUGCCUGCCUGCCUGCCCCUCCCCAGCCCCACUGCUACACCAAAGCCUUACUUUUGCUUGGUAGCUACUUCCUAGCUUCUGCUUCCAAACUGGAGCCCUCCGGAGGCCCCAGGACCCGGCAGGAGGCGGCGGCAGCAGCGGCUCGGCUCUGCCUCCCUCUGCCUGCCUGUCCUUUUGGACACCAGCCCACCCCUGCACAAGGCAAUAAGCGGGCCAGACCCCCCCCCCCCGACCGGGCUGCCUUUCCCGGGGUAGAAUGGAGUGUCAGGGAGUCUGUGCUGCGCGCCGGCCGCUCUCUUGGGCCCCAGGUUGGAAGGCGAGGGGGUGGGCGUCCCGCACAGGGGCAGACCUCCGGUGGCAGGCCUGGGAACCCCGCUGCGUCCCCCCUCCCCCAAAUGCACUGUUUCUCCCCCCCCCCUUAGGAUCUCUAUGCAGGAUACCGGGGGAGUUCCCAGAAGGGCUUCGAUAAUCGUGCACUUUUGAGGCCACGUUCAGCGGAGGUCACCCAAGGAUGCAGGUUUCUCAGGACUCCACAGACAAUUGACAUUUUUUCUAUUAUUGUUGUUGAUGUUGUUGUUAUUUAAGAACUUCAAAAGUUUUUGAAAAACCUUUCCCUCCCCCAUCUCUGUUGUCCUGCCCCAAAUGUGAGAUAAUUCCGAUCCCUCGAAAGAAGGAAAGCAGGAGGGAAGCACUCCGCUUCGUCUGUGGGUAGGAAUCCCCAUCUGCAGGAGGUUUCUGCCCAUGGCCGGGAGAGGGGAGGGGGCUGUCCAGGCCAGAGGCUCUCGGGGUCUAUUCACACCACAGAGGGCUGCCCUCUUGGUAACAACGCCCCCCCCCCACCCAGCACAAGUCUGCUUUGGAUAUUUAUUUGCGCCCUUCGCCAUGCAAAUCACGGGGCAGUUCCCCUCUUGGACCCCCCCCCCCCGAAGUGUUUAAGCCCCAGGCUGGGGUGGGCCCCCCUGUGCACCGGAUCUGUCACCGCUCUGGGGAGGCCAUGCGUGGGGGGUUCAGUACAGAACUCUGGGGAGGGACUCCGUGGGGCAGCAAAUGAAAAGAGGGGUGGGUCCAUUUCUUAGGCAGCAAGUACCAGGGGUAUUUUUGUGUGUGUCUGUGUUUGGGGCAGGAGGGGAGCGAGAACUAAACAGAACUGCGAUUCUUCCCUGUUAAUGUGAUCUGUUAAGAUUGCUUUUAAAAACCCAGAAUUUCUGACAUGGAGGUUUCCCGGUGUGAAGUUGCCAGUUGGGCAAAAUAACACACGGGGAUGUCCUGAACUGUGCUGACAGGAUUAGGCCGUUCCCUGCUUGGAAGUGCAGCGGAUUUCCCCACAUGUGCAAUCUCUGCCCCCUUCUAUGUUGCCCCCCCCCCGCUGUGUCGACCCCUCCUGUCAUCUCAGGUGCUGCUUAAUGGCAAGAGGCCGCGAGGGCAGGACCUUCCCCCUCAGAGGUGGGCUUGGGGGCCGGACCAUUGGUGAAGGCUCAGCCUCACUGGGCUGGAGGCAGCCCCCAAGCCCAACGCCUGCGAGAGGUACAUGGCCGGGGGCAGGGGGGGGGACAGGGAGAGGCUGAGAAGGUGCUGUGUUGAGCACCUCUGUCGUCUGGGUCCUGGGAAAGUUUGGGUUCUGUGCUUUUCAUCAAAAGGACACUUUUUGGAUUUUGAGGUUUUGAUUUCUGUAAAUAACUAGUCUUUUUUGGAAGAAAUAAUGUAAAGACGUUUUGUAUAAACUCUGGAUUAUUUUCUGGUUGCUUUUUCUUAGAAAAACAAAAACAAAAAAUAACCACAAGAACGGGUGUAAUGCAUUUGUCAUCCUGCAGUCCGACUAAGCAGGACUCAUCCAUCGGCAAAGGGAGUUGUGUCUGUCUGGGUUUGCCCCUGAGGAGACGGCCGAGAACCCGGCUGUGGAGCUGGUAGUAGCGUCUGGGAUUUGGCCCAAAGGAAACGAGCUCGUUGGCCAUUCAAAGCCAGCUAGAAGAGUGUCUCAGAGGUGUUUAGGAGCCGGCCCUGCCCUCAGCUGCAAAGAAGUGUGAAGUUCCCUGCCUCCCUUUGCUCCCUUUGUCUCCACUUCCCCCCCCCCCCGUGGCCCUUUGACUGCCUCCGUUUCUCCAGAGAAUCCUGGGAGUUGUAGUGUGAGUGGCAGAGGGCUAGUCCCCGAGAAAGGAGGAGGAGAAAGGAGGAGGAGGAGGAGGAGGAGGAGGAGGAGGAGGAAGGGCUGUUUAAGCCACUUGGGUCUGUAGUGCAGCUCUGCCCUUCGGAAGCUCAGCCGAUGGCUUGCCUGGCACUCACUCUGCAAGCUCUGGAUCCAGUUCAGCCCCUGGCAUUGCUCAGGUUUCCUGGAGGAGCCCCACGGGUGGUGCCACUGACUCCUAGCCCCGGGAGGUUUCAGGCAGUGGCGUGGGUUGGUGGGCCAGCACAGCACAGCCUGCCUUUCACAGCACAGCGCACACCUGUGCCACCUGCAGUGUGGCUGUGCAGGAGCUGCACACGGGCAUCGUAAGGAACCAGCUCGCCGCUGGAGCGGUGGUGCUGGCCUGAAGGCCUGCAGUGCUGUUAGUGCCCGGCCACCCCAGGAGAGCCCUCUUCCUUUGGGCUUGGGCACAGUGUGCCUCUGGACCUUCCUGGGCACCUCCGGCCAGGUCAUCUUGGCAGGGGCGUUGCAGACCCAGCCCUGUUCCAUUCCUGUUUCAGUGGUGCUGCUGAUCAGCAUGGCCUGGCCCUCCCCGGCAGCACCAGGAGGGAGGGAGGGCAGUUAAUGCUCGGUGUUGGGGCCAGGGGGAGACCUCCUCUCUCUGGCUGCUCCUGGAGGGUGCUUUUCUGCCAUGGAAUCCCCCACCCCUGGCUGGUGCCACUGGGCAGCUCUUCGGUGCUCAUGGAAGGGUGUGAUGGUGAGCCAGGUAUUUGGGCAGGAUCCCUGGCGUGGGGCUGUGCUGACCUAGGAGAGCGGGUCCCAUCUCCACACAUGCAGCAGGCACAAACUCCCAGCCCGGUGAGCUGGGCCUUUUAGAAACCACACCCAAUACAUCUCUAGAGGGAGUGCGUGUAUACUGUGUACGCACGGACGCCCUGCCCGAGCCCCGUUCCUCACAGCCACCCAUCUGCUCAUUCAGUGCCACAUGCCAGCAAACCGCUGCCUUCGGGGUUCUUUCCUGAAGUGGGAGCAUCUACCAGUCAUGUGAUCAACCAGGAGUGUAGCUGGCCCCAGCCCCCCCCCCCCCCCGCCCCUGGGGCAUGUGGGGCAUUUCCCACAACCUGGCAGCCUCCCAGAAGUGGGUGGGGUGGCCCUCGGUGAUGCCCAGCCAGACUACCUGGCCAGGGUGGGUGGUCAGUGUGUGGCCUCCUGUCGGUCCCAAAGGUUCUCUUCGCUGAAAGCAGACCGGUCCCGUCUCCUCGCAAAAAUCUGUUCCCCGCACAUCUCUGACUUCCAGCGGAUGUGCUGCAGGGCGGGUUGUGAUUUGCCCAAGAAGGCCCCAGCUGAGGGUGUCACUGCCUGGUUGAUCUCCAUGUUGGCUCCCAGUCAGGCUCCAUCCACAUCCACGUUCAAUGCCGAGGGCUCCGGAUGCUGAGUUUCCUCUGGGUGACACCGAAUCCCCCCCCCCCCCCGCCACAAGAGUGUUGGGUUCUGUUUCUUUUUUCCCCUCCCUGUCAUUCUGUCACUCCCUAAAAAUUCCUUUUGCCUUCUUUACACAAUGCUUUCACCCAGUUAUAUCAUUGUCAUCCAUAAUCAAUAAUAUGGGAUGUGAAAUCCCUGGAGCCAUGAUGGAACCUGAUAUAUUGUUAAAUAAAAGAUUUUUUCCUAUGGAA